AAGCACUAAAUAGCCUACUUGCUAGCUUGCUAACACCCAGUAAGGGCGAAGCUAGAGUGGCUAUCCGAAUUAUCGUGUUAUGUGGAAAUCCCCAGAAAGCAGUGGACGCGACCUUUGUCAUAUCAUGAUCGCGUGCUCAACAACCCAGCCUGCCUGAACUCCUUGAACGCGCUUCCAGUGGGGCUCAUGCGCAGUGCUUGAAGUUUCAAAGUUGCUUCUCCGGUGUUUGAACAGGAAGGCGGACAUGUUGGUCAGGCAGUGGGAGAAAAUCGGGCAUAGUCUAUUUUUCGAAAAAGAACAUAUCAAUAGUCGAAUUAUAUAUAUGUAGAACCAGCACGAUUUCCGUCUAUCGGUCAACAUCAAGUGCCGAUGACAAUGUGAGGCUUACUACGAAAGGACAAUAAUUAAAUAUUUUAACAAGACCGUGUUUUAAACUGAUCAAAAUAUAGAAGGAUAGCAAAGUUUUUUUGUGUGACAUUUCUACUUUGCAGCUGUCAGACUCAAUGGACUUUUUUUUUUUUUUGCAAGGGUCUGGCACUGAUGGACAGGCCUGGAGUAAUGUGGCUAGUUUGCAACCUAUCUGCGGAUUUUUUUUAACUGUUUAUUUUUUACUCUUUGGAUGUAUCUUUUAAAAUCCUGCAUAACUCCGCUGCGGCAUCCUGUGGUCGCCGACGCAUUUAUAUUGUUUUGAAUUGUUGAAGUUGUCUGCCAAACCUGAACUGGGGAAACAUUUUUCUCUUAAAAUGUGGCUUUUGAAUAUCAAACGUUUCAUCGUCUGUGAAAACCCGAGAAGAGACACGUUUCUUUGAUUGAAACUGCGGGUUCUACAGAACUGUAGCUAGCUAACUAAACACUGACUGAGUUCACGCAAAGGAAAGAACAUUAGGCUAGCUAACACUAGCCCUAUAGCGAGAUUAACUAAUUUUUAUUAUAACACCGGCGUGGAACUUUACGUUACUUGACUGCAAAAAUGUCUGCUGGAGAAAGUUUGGAGGCUCGUUUUGAGAAAAUCGAUGCCAUGUUGAAGGACCCGAAGUCGGAAAUAAACACGGAUUGCCUUUUGGAUGGCUUGGACGCGUUGGUGUACGACCUUGACUUUCCAGCCCUGAGAAAAAACAAAAGCAUCGACAACUUCUUGAAUAGAUAUAAGGACACCAUCAGUAAGAUCCGGGACCUGCGGAUGAAAGCGGAGGACUAUGAGGUGGUCAAGGUUAUUGGGAGGGGGGCGUUUGGAGAAGUGCAGUUGGUAAGACACAAAGCCACGAUGAAGGUAUACGCCAUGAAGCUGCUUAGCAAGUUUGAGAUGAUCAAGAGGUCGGACUCUGCUUUCUUCUGGGAGGAGAGGGACAUCAUGGCCUUUGCCAACAGCGCCUUGGUGGUGCAGCUGUUUUAUGCGUUCCAGGACAACCGCUACCUCUACAUGGUGAUGGAGUACAUGCCCGGUGGAGACCUGGUCAACUUGAUGAGCAACUAUGACGUCCCUGAGAAGUGGGCCCGCUUCUACACCGCCGAGGUGGUUCUGGCUCUGGAUGGGAUCCACGCCAUGGGAUUCAUACACAGGGACGUGAAGCCUGAUAACAUGUUGCUAGACAAAGCAGGCCACUUGAAGUUGGCAGACUUUGGGACCUGUAUGAAAAUGAACAAGGAUGGUAUGGUACGAUGCGACACAGCAGUGGGAACGCCAGACUACAUUUCACCAGAGGUACUAAAAUCCCAGGGAGGAGAUGGAUAUUACGGCCAGGAGUGUGACUGGUGGUCCGUGGGAGUCUUCCUGUAUGAGAUGCUCGUCGGUGACACACCGUUCUAUGCUGACUCGUUGGUGGGGACUUACAGUAAGAUCAUGAACCACAAGAACGCACUGACCUUUCCUGAAGACAGCGACAUCUCCAAGGAUGCCAAGAACCUUAUCUGUGCCUUCCUGACUGACAGGGAGGUGCGACUGGGCCGUAACGGGGUGGAUGAGAUCAAGAGGCAUCCUUUCUUCAAGAAUGACCAGUGGACAUGGGAGAACAUCAGAGAGACGGCGGCCCCGGUAGUGCCUGAGCUGAGCAGUGACAUCGACACCAGUAACUUUGACGACAUUGAGGAGGACCGGGGAGACGAGGAGACCUUCCCCAUACCAAAGGCCUUUGUGGGCAACCAGCUGCCCUUUGUGGGGUUCACCUACUAUAGCAGUCAUCAGUUUUCCUGGAGCACCAGCACCAAGAGUGUUGACAAACGCAGCAGCUCCACCAAGGAAGACAAGAGCCAUCUGGAGAACCUGCAGAAGAGGAUCUACCAGCUGGAGGAGCAGCUACACAGUGAGAUGCAGCUAAAGGACGAGAUGGAGCAGAAGUGCAGGACGACGAACACAAAGCUCGACAAGAUCAUGAAAGAGCUGGACGAGGAGGCCAACGUGAGGAAGGGUGUGGAGGCCAGUAUGUCCCUCCUGGAGAAAGACAAGAUGAUGAUCCAGCACAGAGUCACCGAGUACCAAAGAAAAGCCGACCAGGAGGCAGAGAAGAGACGCAACUUGGAGAACGAGGUGUCCACUCUGAAAGAGCAGCUUGAGGCCAUGAGGAAAAUCUGCCAAAACUCUCAGGCCUCGAAUGACAAGAUCCUACAACUGCAGAAGCAGCUGGAGGAGGCCAAUGACCUGCUGAGGGUGGAGUCCGACACGGCAGCGCGGCUGAGGAAGAGCCACACGGAGAUGGCCAAGUCCGUGACCCAGUUGGAGGGGCUGACCAGUGAGCUGCAGGAGAAGAGCCGCUCGGCCGACGGAGGGAGGGCCCAGCUGGAGAAAGAGCUGCUGCAGCUGCAGAGCACCCUGGACUCUGAGAGGAGGAGCUACAGCCAGGGAUCAGAGGAGAUCCACGAGCUGCAAGCGCGGAUGAUGGGUCUUCAACAGGACAACAAGAACUUGAAGCUCAGCCUGUCCAAAGUGGAGGUGGAACGCAAGCAGGCCCAGGAGAGGAGCAACAACCUGGAGAAGGAUAAGAACAACCUGGAGAUCGACCUGAACUACAAGCUAAAGACACUGCAGCAGCGUCUGGACCAGGAGCACACAGAACACAGGGUGACGCGGGCCCAGCUCACUGACAAAUACGAGUCCAUUGAGGAAGCCAAGUCAGCCGCCAUGCAUGCGGUGCAGCACAAGGUGUCUGAGGAGAGCGGGGCACGGAUGCGAGCGGAGAGCAGGGUGGUGGAGGUGGAGAAGCAGUGCUCCAUGCUGGAGUUUGAUCUCAAGCAGUCGGUGCAGAAGAUGGAGCAGCUGAUGAAGCAGAAGGAGAGGCUGGAGGACGAGGUGAAGGAUCUGCGGAUGCAUCUGGAGCAGGAGUCCAGUAAGAGGCUGCUGGCCCAGAACGAGCUGAAGAGCCGCUCCCAGGAGGCGGACCGGCUGAAGGGCUCGGAGAAGCAGCUGAAGCAGGAGAUCAACACGGCACUAGAGAGCAAACGCUCGCUUGAGUUCCAGCUCGCACAGCUCACCAAGCAAUACAGGGGCAACGAGGGACAGAUGAGGGAACUUCAGGACCAGCUUGAGGCCGAACAGUAUUUCUCAACGCUUUAUAAAACUCAGGUGAAGGAACUGAAGGAAGAGAUCGAGGAGAGGAACCGGCAGGUCCAGGAAGUUCACAAGAAGGUGCAUGAGCUGCACAGCGAAAGGGACUCCCUGUCAGCCCAGCUGGAUCUGACGGUGACCAAGGCAGAGUCGGAGCAGCUGGCCAGGGCGCUCCAGGAGGAGCAGUACUUUGAGCUGCGCCAGGAGAACAAGAAGGCCAUGGCCAGACACAAGCAGGAGGGCUCCGAGAAGGAUUCCACCAUCGCACGGCUUGAGGAAUCCAACAAAACCCUGACCAAAGACGUGGAGAACCUCAGCAAGGAGAAGGCUGAGCUGGACCACAAGCUUCGCACUCAGGUGGAAGAGUAUGACUCCCAGAAAGAGGAGAUUACAAACACAAUCAAGGCCAACUACGAGAAGGUUCUCAGCACAGAGCGCACACUCAAGACUCAGGCGGUGAACAAGCUGGCAGAGAUCAUGAACAGGAAGGACAUGAAGCUUGACACCAAGAAGAAGGGCAGCACGACCGACCUGAGGAAGAAGGAGAAGGAGAACCGCAAGCUGCAGCUGGAGCUCAACCAGGAGCAGGAAAAGUUCAACCACAUGGCCAUCAAGUGCCAGAAGGAGCUCAGCGAGAUGCAGGCGCAACUGUCGGAGGAGUGCACGUACCGCAACGAGCUGCAGAUGCAGCUGGACAGCAAGGAGAGUGACAUCGAGCAGCUGAGGGAGAAGCUCAACGACCUGCAGCUGCGCAUGGACAACUCCAGCGUCAUCAGCCUGCAGACGGACGAGACGGACAGCAACAUCGCCGAAUCCAGACUGGAAGGGUGGCUGUCCAUUCCUAAUAAACCUAAUAUCAAACGAUAUGGCUGGAAGAAGCAGUAUGUGGUGGUGAGCAGUAAGAAGAUUCUGUUCUACAAUGAUGAACAGGACAAAGAACAGUCCAACCCCUCCAUGGUACUAGAUAUCGACAAACUGUUCCACGUGCGUCCAGUCACCCAGGGUGAUGUGUACCGAGCAGAGACCGAGGAGAUCCCCAGGAUAUUCCAGAUCCUGUAUGCCAACGAGGGGGAGUGCAGGAAGGAGGCCGACAUGGAGACUGUCUCGCAAGGGGACAAGACCAACUGUCUGCCACACAAAGGUCACGAGUUCAUUCCCACGAUCUACCACUUCCCCUCCAACUGCGAGGCCUGCACCAAGCCCCUGUGGAACGUCUUCAAGCCCCCUCCCGCCCUGGAGUGCCGCCGCUGCCACGUCAAGUGCCACAAGGACCACCUCGACAAGAAGGAGGACGUCAUCGCCCCCUGCAAAGUGAACUACGAUGUGACCUCUGCCCGGGACAUGCUCCUGCUGGCCUUGACCCAAGAUGAGCAGAAGAAAUGGAUCGGCCACCUGGGCAAGAAGAUCCCCAAAACACCGCCCUCCUCCUUCCUGAGGGCGUCGCCCCGCACCCUGUCCACCCGUUCCGGAACCAACCAGUCCUUUCGCAAGAACCCCAAAAGCAUCACGGGCAAGCCAAGGUCGCAGUCUCAUUCUGCUACCACAGCCUCCAGCCUCCAAGCAACAGACACAACAUCGAGCACAUGUUGACAACAACAACUCCUCCACACCAAAUUUACAGAAGUCUUAACUUUUUAGACUAUCUCCUUCCUGUUUUGGCCUGACUAUUUAUUAUUAACUGACUGUGUUGGUGGUGUAUCUAACAUCAGUAGAACUGUCUUCCUUUGUGGUUCUUUCUCGUUUGACUUGGGGAACUCUUUCUAUCUAAUUUGACACUAAAGCGUUGUUGGAUGGUUUCAUUGACUAACUCUUAGCCCUCUAUGCAACCUUUCCUGAAGCAGGUGUCCCAUAUAUGGGUUGUUGCAUUUCUCUAGCAAGAAUGAUGCCAGAGAUCAUCAAAGACUAAAUGAAGUUGCAGUUACAAUGUCUUUUAAAUGUUUUUCUAUGUAAUAUAUUAAUAUAUAUCGGGGGUACUAACCAAGUGUAAAAUGUCUUACACUCUUUUACUGGACACCUGUUUUCUCUUCUUUC